UUCACACACUGUCGAAAAAAUACACAAGCCUUUGAUUAUUUUGGCUGGAACCUAACCAAACUGAGAAGACAUUCAGAGGUCUCAAGGAAUGGGAGAGAGAUCUUUCCGGAAGCUGGGUCUAGGAGUGAUCCUGUCGGCCUUGGUUCUGUACAUGUACCUGUUCAUGGGAUCCGAACAAACGGCUGGAAAGAUUCGUAACGCAUUCUUUGUGAACACGCCUGGAUGUCGCAUCGUGGCCAUGGAUGUGAUAAACCCGACCAUUGCCAACGUCACUCUGUGGGAGUGGCCGCCACAGCGUAGGAUCCAUCAGACCUGCCUGAGCUCUACCUGGUUUCGCCCAGAGGUGAUGGACGGGAGUUGGCAUUUGAAGUUUGUUCCUAACAUGGACCGCAUUUUGGAUAACUACGGUUUCAAUCACGAAGGACAGAUUAACUGCUUUUGGUCGGAGUUUCAGAGCAAUGGGUAUUCGGAAAACAAAAUGACCUAUCUGGGCAAGUUUGAUUUGGAGUAUCCCUAUGCUGUUAGGGUUCCCAAAAACUCGCUUCAGCUGCGAGUAACGUGCAAUAGUUCUUUAACAAACGCCACUCUUUGCGAUGAAGCCCACUACUUCAUUAAUCCUCCGCCGCAGGAGCUGCUGACCAUACCUCCCGCGACCUUGAAGUACUGGGAUAAAAACAUGAACACCAAGGAUGGAUCUCCACCUAUUUCCGUUAUGAUCGUGGGCUUAGACUCCAUCUCGCAUCUUCAGUUUCUUCGGCAAAUGCCGAAAACACAGGCUUUUAUUCGCCAGAAAACGUCCCACGUGGAGUUCUGGGGCUACAACAAGGUCGGGAUAAAUGCCUAUCCUAACUUGAUACCCAUGCUUACGGGCUUAAGUGAGGCUGAGAGCAAAGAGUAUUGGAGCACGAAGAGGGAAUUGGAUGACUUACCAUUUAUCUGGAAGGACUAUAAGGCGGCCGGCUACAACACCAGCUUGGGUGAGGACUCGGCUCCCUACUCGAUGUUCUACGUCGGCAAGCCAGGCUUUGCUAGGAAGACCACUGACCAUAACUUUCAGGAUCUGAUGACCCAAGUCUACGUGCAACGGUCGAAAAGCAGGAUGGAUGACAUAACUUGCAUCUUGGAUAUCCUUAUGGAGAUGAACUACAAACUGUUGCCGCACAUGCAGCGUUAUCCUUUCUUCUCCUUCUACUGGUGGGGCAAUGGCGUUCAUGAUUACAUGGGAGCGUCCCGCUUUGUGGACGAGAGAUUCAAGCAGUUUUUCAGUCGCCUGAACGACGCCGGAAUCAUGAAUAACACCAUCAUAAUGUUCAUGUCCGAUCACGGCAUGAAAUGGGGUCCCUUUCGUCAGACUUUCCAAGGCAUGAUCGAGGACUCUCAGCCGUUUUUGUCGGUCCUUUAUCCUGCAUGGAUGCGAGAUAAAUACCUGAUGGCAAUUAAGAAUUUGGCUGGCAAUGCCCACAGUCUGGUGACCACCUAUGACCUUCAUGAGACCCUCAAACAUGUCAUGCAUCCCAGCUCCCUGGAAGAUGAAUCCAUUACACUGCGGUCGAGGGAAUUGUUAAGGCGCCACGCUUCGCAAAUUCCGAGGGGAGUCAGCCUUUUCCUACCCAUUCCUCCAGAGAGGACUUGCCACACCUCGCAUAUAUCCAGCCAAUUCUGUCUGUGCCACAAGCAGGUAGUCAUUUCAGCUGAUAAUCCGAUAGCCAAGCUGUCGGCCAAUAUUAUCGUGAAUUCGGUCAAUAAGUUGUUGGAGGAGUAUCCCGUCUGUAUUUCAUGGCAAUUGGAAUCGAUUGUUAGUGCCCAAUUCGCUGUUCCCGAACGUCAGAAUGAAGAAUUGUAUUCUGAAAAGGAUAUCGUAGUCCGACUGAAGGCGAAACCGGGAGUGGCCUAUUUCGAGGGAAUGACCAGGAUGCUCAAGGGCAGACUCUACCUCAUUGGCGAAGUGGUUCGGGUCGGUGGCGCAGAUUCUAAGAAAAAUCAGUGCAUCCAGAAUCCCUUCCUGGAACCAUUCUGCUAUUGUUCUCUUUAAACAUUUUUUAUAUGGACUUUUGCUAAUAAAAAUUCGGAAAUUUU